AUGUCGCAGCGACUGGAGGAGACGUUGAGCGAGGCUCGCGACAAGACCGCACCCGAGUGCUGCAGCUAUCUAUCGAAACUGGUCACAGCGCUGCUGAUGAUCGUGUCGAGACCAGCCAGAUUGCUCGAAUGCUUGGAAUUUGACCCGGAUGAGUUCUAUCACAUGCUCGAAGAGGCCGAAGGUGCGGUUCGGGAG